CUAUCAAUGGCGGAAAUCGCCGGCCAAAGUAGAGGUUCAAUGACCUCUUACGAGGUCCUCCAACAGAGUUCCACAAGGUUCGAGAACUCCAUAGAUUUCUCUUCGACACCGGUGUCGCUGCAUGUGGCCAUCUUUGUCUUGAACGGUGCCUUUGCCAAAGCAUCGCCAAGGCCCUCUUCGCAUUCUACCAGAAGUCCUACCAGGCGCUGGAACCCAUCCUCUUGCUCGGCCGCCACCGCUUCAACAGCAUCGACAUGCACAUCCACCUCAAGGGUGAAGGCCACACCUCCCAGAUCUAUGCCAUCCACCUUCUACAUUCACAAGCGCAACAUCGACUAGGUCCACCACCGGAUUCCUCAUCCACCGGUCCGGAUGCCACUUCUGGGUGGGCUUGUGGUAAGCUGUACAGAUGUUGGAGAAGGAGGCGUCGCGGCGAAUCUCGAGGAAGGCGUAGUAGGAAGAUCUAGUGGAUCCUCCUUCUCGAUCCAUGCUCUAGUCGAUCAGACUCCCCCUCGAAUCCCAAAGGAUGUCGUCAAUGGCGUUAUUCCGAGCUCGUGUAGCUUCAUUCGCCGCCUUUGCCAACCUCCUCUGCCACAGUUUCUCCACCGAUGCCUUCGAUUUGCUCUUUCACAGCACCAUCACUUCACGCAAGAGCCUCAUGAUGAAGCAGAUGAUCAAUCUCGACAUGAACUCCCAAAUCGGAAGCUGCAUGCCCCUCUCUACAAUGUGAAUCGGAACAUCCAUCCACAACAUCGAGGUCCGACCAGGCCAAGGCGCCAAGCUCGUAUGAGCCGUCGGCACGUUGGCGAAGAUCCUCAAAGAGCCCACUUUGCGACAAGUGUUGGUAAAACUAGAGUUACAAAAAACGAAGCAAAUCGGCUACAAAACAACCAUAGAUAAAGAGAGAGGAACAGAGAUGCAAAUUUCAAAGAGAAAAAAGCAACGGCGUGAGAAAAAUAUCUUGUGGGGAGUGGACCAGACCUCGUUUAGUUAUAACAAAACUUCAUCUUCUACAAAUAUUUCUUAAGGUUCUUUAGCCCAAAAGAGGGCCUAUCAUCGGGGAAGACAAUUGGCAGUGCUAAGGAAUGUGAGGGACUCUACUACUUUGAGGAGGAAAAUGGGUUAAUGCCGGAUGGUCAAGAAAUAGCUGUGAAGAAGCUGUCUCUGACGUCAAGACAGGGAAUGAGAGAAUUCACUAAUGAAGUGAAGCUGUUACUGAAAAUUCAGCACAAGAACCUGGUUAUGUUGUUGGGGUGUUGUGCAGGACCUGAGAAGAUGCUUGUCUAUGAGUUUCUGCCAAACAAGAGCCUUGACUAUUUUCUCUUUGACAAAACAAAGUCGGCAUCUUUGGAUUGGCAGAGAAGGUAUCAAAUAGUUACAGGUGUGGCAAGAGGUCUUCUAUACCUGCAUGAAGAGGCUCCUGAAAGGAUUAUUCAUAGAGACAUCAAAGCCAGUAACAUACUGUUGGAUGAGGAGUUGAAUCCGAAGAUAUCAGAUUUUGGCUUGGCAAGGCUUUUUCCUGGGGAAGGCACCCAUACACUGACAUUUAGGAUUUCUGGUACUCAUGGUUACAUGGCUCCUGAAUACGCUAUGCAUGGAUACUUGUCAGUGAAGUCUGACGUUUUUAGCUUUGGUGUUCUGGUGUUGGAGAUUGUGAGUGGGAGAAAGAAUCAUGAUGGGCGGCUUGGUACAGAAAAGGCAGACCUCUUGAGUUACACCUGGGCACUCUUUCAAAGAGGCAAGGCAUUGGAGUUGGUUGAUCUUAGCCUUUCCAAGUGCAACCCCAACCCUGAUGAGGCAGCAAUGUGCAUACAACUGGGGUUGCUAUGUUGUCAAGCAAGCAUUCAAGACAGGCCUGACAUGAAUUCUGUUCAUCUCAUGCUCUCAAGUGACUCCUUUACUUUGCCUAAACCUGGAAGACCAGGCAUUCAGGGUCGCCAAGGGCGGUGGACUUCUACAAGUACUUCCGCUCUCACUGGCACUAAUCGUACCAGCAGUACAUACACUGGUGCUACCAAGAUUUCUUCCGGUAGCAGUUUUGUUGAGGAUUAUUCUAGGAAUUCAAUUUCUCUUUCUUCCAUUGAUGAAGGUAGAUGACCAUUUAUAGUUAUGCCGUGUACAUUAGCCGCCCCAUUUAUCUUGUGCAAAUUAAGCUGUUUCCGCACCUAUUUAUAAUUAAUGUUUGUUAUUAAUAGCAUAACACUAGUGUUUAACUAAUUUACCUAACUUCAAGAACAAGUUUGUACUGGAUUUUAAUUGUUAAACGCAUAAGUAAAACAUGUAAUAAAAAAUUGUCUUUUCGUCA